AUGUCUGGUUUGAAUGCAGUUAGAGUUGGUCCUUUGAGGCAGCCUGCAAAGCAAGCAUUGAUCUUCGUUCAUGGCUUAGGUGAUUCGGGAUCAGGAUGGUCCUUUUUCGCAGAGUUUCUACAGCGAGACCCUGCUUUCGCUCAUACCAGAUUUGUUUUCCCUAAUGCACCCAUCAUGAACGUCGCAGCAAACGGAAACUAUCCAAUGCCAUCAUGGUUCAAUAUAUAUGAGUGGAGCGAUAAUCCAUCGAAAUUUGAUGUUCCUGGCUUUGUUAACUCGCUGAACGUUGUGAAAAACUUUGUUCAGGAGCAGAUUGACAGCGGCAUCGAUCCCCAAAACAUAGUUGUUGGCGGAUUCUCACAAGGUGCAGCAUUGGCGUUGGCUAGCGCUGUUACGUUACCUGUUAAGAUUGGGGGUUUUAUCUCUUUGUCUGGCUUCUCAAGAAUUAAUGCUCAACUUGUUGAGAUGAAAAAUAACUUGAACAUCGAUACUCCAGUUUUUCAUGGUCAUGGUGACCAGGAUCCUGUAAUCUCGCUCAAAUUGGGAUACAGUGCAAAAGAGUUUUACACUGUUGUUUGUGGUUUACGAAAAUAUACUAUGAAGGUUUACCCAGGAAUGGCACAUUCAACUUGCCCAGAAGAAAUUGACGCCGUUGUGAGGUUUAUCAAGAGCAAUUUGAACCUUUAG